UUAAACGAAAAGCGUCACGAGCUCAACCAAUAAGAAGCAGGCGUUUAACUUCAAAGUUCUGCCGAGCAAUUUGUCUGCACAAACAGUGAAAUUUAACUGUUAUAAUGUGUUUAUAUCUUUAUCAAUUAAUAAGAAAGUGUAACAUAUGUAAAGUGUUAAAAUUUACAUGCACCUGGAUUAUUAUUUGAAUGAACUUGUCAUUAGUCAAUCCGUUUUCUGUUGGAAGUAUAAAAUAGAAUCUUCAAAAUGGACGAAGCCAUCGUUCAUAUUCAUCAACAAUCUUCAAUCAGUAGCGAUUCCAAUGCAGAAGAAAUAUCGAGAAUAGAAUCUCACAGACCAUCAAAUAAACAGAUCUGUCUUACGGGGUCAGUAGGUGAAGAUGCAGAUGUUUGUGAGUUGGCAAAGUCCUUUGGGCACCCAGUUGUAAUUUCAGAAAAUGGCUUUGAGUACUUGGGUGAUAAGUCCCAUACUACCAUCUUCAUAUUGGACAGCUUCGAAGGGGAUCUUUUUAAUGAAUUAUACAAGCAUAGGCAGCAAAUUUUGGGAGUUCCAGCUCUCAAGCAGUUGGCAAAUAAAAAUGAAAAACUGCCUGAUAAUACAAGGCCCCUGUAUAAUCUAGCAAUGAGUGGAGUUAUAGUAUGUUUUACUGGUUUUAGAAACAAAGAAGAUCUUACAAAAAUUGUGCCACUUGUUCAUCAUAUGGGAGGGUCAAUUAGGAAAGAAAUGUCAACAAAAGUGACCCAUUUAAUAGCAAAAGCAAGUGGUGGAGACAAGUACAAAUAUGCCAUAACUUUUCGUGUGCCAGUUAUUAAUGAAUUUUGGGUCUUAAAUAGUUGGGAUAGGAAAGAUGAUUUAGAAUUUUCAGCUACAAUGGAUGCUUUUGUGGCGGAGCACAAAUUGAAACCUUUUUGUGGUACAAAAGUUUGUUUUGUGGGUUUUCCUGAAGAAGAAGAAAAACAUAUGGUAGAAGUGUUAGAAGCCAAUGGGGGUUGUGCAACCACUUUGGAGGAUCCACACUGUUCUCAUGUGGUGAUGGAUCAUAGAGAGGCUUACAUAUUGGAGCCUUUAGAGUCUCCACUUAAUACCAAAUCUACCCCAGUUCGUAACAGUAACCCCUUUAUUUCCUUUACCAGUGCAUUGUCAUCAUCACCGUCGCAAAUUAAUAAUUUAAAUGACUCUUCCUUUAAAUAUAAAGAUGUUAACACAGUUGACGAGCUGUUUGGUGAAUGUUCCAAUUCAAAAACUCCCAACAGGAAAAUAAUAAGUAUUAAAAGCACGCCGUAUUUAGAAACAGUUUUAGAAAAGUCGCAUGAUAAUUGUGUUAGCAGUAGAAAUGCUAUUAAUGAUAAUUUAAAUGCUACUGUAGAUGUUUUUUCUUCGAGUAAAAGAAAAACCAACAGUAAUUUGGGUUCAGACGCGAAAAGAAGACGAAAUUUGAGUUAUAGUGAAAAGAACGUCAAGUCUAAAAGGAUUUCUGAAUUUUUUCGGUCUCCUUUCGAUUACCUUUCCAAUCGACGCCGAACAAUAGGCGUCGCAGCGACCGCGUCUAAUAAUCAAAACGUUUUCUCGACAUCUGGAGCCUUUGAGGUAGAUGUUGUCGAUGAUUUGAGAAGAUUAAAUGAUAGUAGAGACUCGAGCGGUGUUUUUUCAAAUGGGAAGGAUGUGCGUAAUAGUUUGGUGAGGAAAAGUCUCUUUGCUAGGACGUUUAGUUCCGCGAAAUUCAAAAAAGUCCCACGUAGAAGGAAUAAAAAGACAGAUUUUGACGCGAGUAGUGUUUUGAUAAGUGAAAAUUCAAUUUGCGACGGCGCUAGGGACCCCAUGAAUGCCAGUUGUUUCCCUGACCUUUCCACUUCUUUCAUGCCCGAUGCUUACGAAUCAAGAAAUCAACAAAGAGUCUGCACGGGGAGCAGCACCAGGCCUUUUACUAACUCUGUGGUACUAACUUUUAUAUUUUUUUAAUUAACUUUUUUCAAUUAAACUACUAUUUACCAUAUAAUCCAAAGACAGCCCAACAUGCAGGCAAUAUUACAACUCUAAUAAUGUAACUACAGAGAAAAUUGGAAUACGUUUUUUUUUUACGGAAAUUACUCUUUCACUGUCCUCCCACAAACCACAAAAUAAUACGGGGAUAUAAUUAAUUAAUUAGCGAUCUAUUUAGAAGCAUCUUGUAAAAUUUGAUUGAAAAUCCUUCCACAUUUUUAUAGCAUUAAAUUGUUAUAUGAUUUUCUAUCAUCAUCAUCAUAAGGUCAUCAGUCUUUAGACUAGUUGGACACGUACGUCCA